CUACGAAUCACCCCCGAUCAGUAUGAUUGCAAGAACAUAGAGGAUUGCUACGAUGAUUACAAUCACUAAUAUGUUUUUCAUUCCUCCGCAGCCGCCAUCGUUAUCUAGAUCGGAUGCGGUGUUGUUGUCCCGAUUGGCUACUUCCGGCUUCGCAACCGUGGUUUUGGAUUCGCGAUCCGGAUUGAGAUCUGAGGUGAAGGACCAUGAUACGGUGGUGUGGGAUUGCUACGCCAACGCCGUUGAAGCGGAGAAAACGAGAACCAUCCAAUCCAUCAUAUCGACUCUGUACAUUUGUCGUUGUCGAUGGCGAAGGUGAAAUCAGAGUUGAAGUUCGCGACGACGCCGGUGGAGGCCCAUUUCAGGUGGAGGGUGGUGGGUGAAGGGGAGAUAGAUAACGUCGAUAUUUGGGUCGUCGAGGAGGGGCUCGUAGGAGUCGUAGAUUUUGGCGUCGGGAGGCAAAUCGUUGGCCCUGGCGAAUCCGGUUGGCGACGACGGCCAUUUGUGCGUUUGGGGCUAAAUUUAUCGCCCGAGAUUACGGCCGUCAAUUUGAUUUAACACACACGCCAACCAAUAAUCCUCGUGAGUUUCAUCUCACGUUAAUCAAACAUAACGGUUG